AUGAAACAAAAUCAAGGAAAUCGUGAAAAUCAUGGAGGUCAUGGAAUUCAUGAAAAUCGCGAAAGUCAUGAAGUUAUAGCAGUUGGUAGAGGUCAUGGUAAAAGUCAUGAAAAUAAUGAAGAUACCGAUUCUGUUCAAGGCGAUCACGCUUCAUUUUUCUCAGAAAUAAUUUACAAGAUCAAA